AUGGACACCGUUCAGGCUCCCAACAUUGUCGCUCACAUCACCGAGAGGCUUCUUUUCCGCCGUUUGAUCGAUAUCGGAGUAAAACCAGAAGAGGCGAUCAACGUCAUGGCGUUUUGGAUGUGGCUUGAGGCGCAAGGCUUCAAAGAAGUGGUGCGCAAAAUAUCUUCCAACAACGACAAGUUUUUGAAAUUGGUCGCCGACGAAGCCGCCGCCGUUUUGGCCACUCUGUUCCCCCUUUCUGGCACACCCAUUUCGCAGAACCUCUGCCCCAUCACCUCCAUAUUCUCCGGCUCCCUCUCCAUCCACGACAUCUGCGGGAACAAGGAGACCGUCUCCGAAGGGGUCGCCGACGUUAGCAGCAGAGUCUGUUGCGUGGUUUUUAAGGAUGUUUUGGAAGAAAAAGGCGGGAAAGUGAAGGUUGGCGGUGGCGAAGUGGAAGGUGAUGGUGAUGGAGUGAGUAGUGUCGGAACGAAGUUGAAUCCAAAUGCUAGGGAAUGGAAUCCGGCAAUAGAGCGCGUGCCGGAGGAAGAGAGGUGCUUGUUUCUGACUUUCUCCAAAGGGAAUCCUCUCACUGAAAAUCAAAUCUUCAACUUCUUUAACCAGAAAUACGGUCCAUGUGUGGAAAGGGUGUACGUACACUGGCCAGAUCCAAAGCAGCCGGCGCUCUUCGGGAAAGUUGUGUUCAACACAUGUUCCGUACCGGCGAUUAUAAUGGGAAGACUCCAGCAAGCCAAAUUCACUGUGAAUUCAAAGCCGCUUUGGUGCAAGCGAUUUGAGCUGGAGAAGAAGGGCCUUGCUAAAACCAAAUAA